AUGGCGUCGUCGUGGGCUCAGCACGCGCCCGUAUUUGGCGCGCACUGCAGCCAAUUCUCGGUGGAGCAAUGUCCGCUUGGCGCGCAGGUCCUAGCUGCAUCAUUAUCGCAUCAGUCGCCGUCCCCGUCGUUUGCCCAUCACCGUUCUCGCCAGCAGCACGACUCUGCGACGUUAUGCGACGAAAAUCCGUCGCUUGAUUUAUUCGCGGGGAGUGACGUGGCAGCGGAGUUCUUGAACCUUCUAGACGCCAUCACGGACGACUCGCAGUCAAACGGGACUCCCAUCGGCAACACCGGUUCACAGCAGCAUCGCGAUGCUAACUUAUUGCACCACCAGCAGCAGCAUCAGCAGCAGCAGUUGUCGUCCGCACCGUUUUCACCUGCCGCCUCCGCCGCCGAUCCUGCCACGGCCAUUUCCGUUCCCGCCAACGCCGCUGCUAGCUUCUUGGCCGCAGCGCCAGGUUCGGUCGGCGGUGGUGCUAUGACGGCAGCAGCAGCAGCAGCGCCACUGAAAAACCCUGUGUCUCCGCGGAAUGGGGAGUCGUUCAAUUUAUUGGAGCCGGGGACGAUUCACGACGAGGCUGCGGAGUGUACGGCGCCGCCGGAGUGUGCGGCGCCGCCGGAGUGUGCGGCGCCGCCAGAGUGUGCGGCGCCGCCGGAGUGUACGGACCCGGCGGGGCUCAACUUGAAUGGCGGUCGCUCCGACGACCCAAUCGACGAUUUCCUCGGCACUCUGCUGCUCGCGGAUCCGCCGUGCGCGGCAGGCGAUUUGCUUGUGUCGUCGCCUUGCCCGUCCGCCGCUGCGCCUCGCGAUCAUAGCCCGCCGUUGCAAGGCGCGCCGACGGUUAGCCAAGGCGCAGCGGAAAUGCGGGAGUGCUUGCGGAGCGAGGGCGAAGCGGCAUGUGCGGGGACUUGCUGGAGUGGCAAUGCAGUGGGGGGAGUGAGCAUGGGCGGAAGCAAGGCGGGCGGAAUGGGCGGUGGGGGAGGCGAUGUGCAGCAGGUGCAGGAUUCGGCGCCGCCUGUGGAGCUUUCUGGCGCCGGCCUUUUUGACUGGGCGCAUGUGGAGGGAAGCGGUGUUGGGAGUGGGGCGACAAUCAGGGAGCGGCACGAGGAUAGUGUGAGUGGCAAUGGCAAUGCCAAUGCUACCACUGAUGAUGAGGAUGGUGCGGCGUUUUGGGGUGCUGGUGCUGGUGAUGCAUGGGAAGGACAGCAGGCGGGUCUAGCAAAUGGCCUGGAGCGUGGGUUGGAGGAGGGAGGGCGAGAGAUUGCGUCGAGCCUGCAUGGGCGAGUCACAGGCGGUGGUGAUGGGGGUAGGCUCGCAUUUGGGCGUGGUAGGGGUGGUGGUGUGCAGGAGGCGCAUGGUGAGGAGUCAGGCAGCAAGCGGCGGGCAGCGUCGCAGGUCCCUCCCUCCGCAACACUCAGCUCUCAGCACCUUGCUGCUGCUGCUGCGGCACCUGCCUUCCCUCCUAAGCCCACCACCAGUGCUGCUGCUGCUGCUGCUGCUGCUGCUGGUGCUGCAGGAGGCGCUGCUGCAGUGGCGCCGUCCCUACCCCACGCGUGGUUACUGUCCGGGUCAGGUCCAGACGGCCUGUCAGGAGAGGUGGAUCCGUUUCUCCUCGCGGAGCACAUCAGCCGCUGUGCGCCUGCGCUCGCCCUCGCCCCCGCCAUGCUCGCUGUCCCGCACGACCCCUUUGCCGCACCGCAGCUGCAGCCGCCCUCUCUCGCUGCGGUUCCGUACACACGAGCUUCCUCCCAGGCGCUCUCAUGUCAUCCCCUCACAUACCACUCUCUGCUGCCAACUGCGCUGCCCGUGCCUCGGCCUGUGCGGGGGCGCGUGCACAAGGGCAAGAGCGAUGUGGGCAUGGACGAGGUGAAGCAGCUCGUGCUCGCCCUCGCUGAAGCCAUCGCCACCAAAGACAUGGAGCGGGUGGCAGGGCUGCGGGCGCGCGUGGCAGCAGCAGCGUGUGCGGAGGGGCGGCCGGGGCAGCGAGUGGCGCACUGCUUCCUGGACGCCCUCACCACCCGCCUGCACGGCACUGGCGCUCUCCGCCUCUACAACGCUGCCUUCACCUCGCAGGACAUGCUGCAGUCGCGCCAAGUGUAUUUCACCACCACGCCCUUCAUCCCCUUCCUCUACGCCACCGCCUAUUCCGCCAUCCUGCAAACCUUCUCCCGCUACUCUCGCCCCUCCCAUCCCACUGGCACCGCCACCGCCGCUCGCUAUCGUGCGUUCGAUCCGUGCGCGCCUCACGACACCCCCCUUGGCUCCCCCAUUACCACGCAUCCUGCUGCGCCUGGCACCAGCAGCAGCAGCAACAGCCACUGCAGCGACGGCUCCAGAGAGGCUUCUUGCUCUGGGGAAGCAGCAGCAGCAGGAGGAGGAGCAGGAGCAGGAGUGGGACGAGCAGCGUGUGACGAAGGGGCGAGGAGCCAAAGGAAAGGCAUGCGAAGGGGGGCGCUGCACAUAGUCGAUUUUGGAGUGUACCUGGGCGGGCAGUGGUCGCUGCUGCUGCGCCGCCUUGCCUGCCUGCCUGGCGGCCCCCCUCGCUGCGUGCGCAUCACAACCAUCGAUAACUGCCUCCGUGUCAGCCGAGCUGCUGCUUCCCACACGCAGCGGUGCACAGCAGGAGCAGCGGCAGAGGCAGGGGGGGGAGCGGGGGACGCUGCGGGAUGCGGAGCAGAUGGUUCCAUGGGCAGUGGAGCGGGAGAUGUGCAGGUGGAGGAGGUGGGGGGUGAGGAGCAGUGCUGGAUGGCAGAGUGUGAGCGGCAGAAGCACGAGGAGCUGGGGAGGAAGCUCACAGCACAACUCACAGCAGAGGCGGCCGCGCUGGGCAUAGAGAGGUUUGAGCACCGCGUGGUGACGAUUAACAAGGAUAACCUCGCUGAUAGCCUCUCCCAGGUGGAGGGCCGGCGCAGAUGGGCGGGCACGGGGGGCUGGGGUGGCGGAGGGACGAGGAGGGGGAUGGGUGGAGGGGUGCAGGAGUGGGGUGUGGAGGAGUGGCAAGGGGACGGGUGUGAGGACGAAGUGGAGGAGGAGAAGGAGGUGGUGGCGGUGUGCUGUUGUUUGGAGUUGCAGUACUUCCACGACAGCUCUGUCAUGCGUAGCAGCCCUAGAGAUGCCGUCCUCAAGUGGGUGGCCUCCCUUGCCCCGGACAUAUUCACCUUCAUGGAGUUUGACCUCUCUGCCAACGGCCCCUUCUUCCUCUCGCGCCUGCGCAACUGCCUCGACUGCCACGCUGCGCUCUUUGAUGCUGACACCAGCUGGUCCCAAGUCUGCAUGUCCUCUCUCUCACAAGCCACUGAGAAGCCCGCACCACCUACCCCCACGCCUUCCCCCCUCCUCGAAGCACCCACUUACCGCGACCACAUCCUGGCGUUUGAGCGGGCCUUUUUCGGGUACAACAUUGUGAACAUGGUGGCCACAGAGGGCAUGCAGCGCUCCGUGCGCCCGGAGAGCCUGGCGGAGUGGGCGCAGCGCAUUCGGCACGCGGGGUUUGUGCUGCUGCCCGUGCCGGCAGACGUGCUGGAGGAGGCGUAUGGCACCAUCCGUAGCUGCCCCCCUGGGCUAGGCAUGCUGGCCACAGAGGGCGCCGUGCAGCUCACAUGGCAUGGCCGCCCUCUGCUCAUGUGCACUCUCUGGCAAGUGCCAUGGGUCAUGGGUUGA